CACUACAGACCGCAUGGAGGCGCUUAUUCAGUCUUCAAGAGAAAGAAAAGAAGAAGAAGAAGAAAAACAGAAGCACAGCAGCACACUACAUUGGAGAGAACAAAGGCCUGAGUUCACUGGAAAAGGUCGCCUGUGUCGCAGCCACGAUGUCUAAACGACCAUCAUAUGCCCCAGCCCCCCCUCCUGUCCCAACUACUCAAAUGCCUUCCACCCCAGGCUUUGUGGGCUACAACCCUUACAGCCAUCUGGCCUACAACAACCUCAGACUGGGAGGGAGCUCCGCAGGCUCCAGCAGGAACCUCUCAGGCAUCACUGUCCCAAAGCCUCCCAAACCUCCAGACAAACCGCUGAUGCCUUACAUGCGUUACAGCCGGAAGGUAAGCAGGAAGGUCUGGGACCAGGUGAAGGCGUCCAACCCGGACUUGAAGCUGUGGGAGAUUGGCAAGAUUAUUGGUGGGAUGUGGAGAGACCUGACUGAUGAAGAGAAGCAAGAUUACCUCAAUGAAUAUGAGGCUGAGAAGAUCGAGUAUAAUGACUCCUUGAAGGCGUACCACAACUCUCCAGCCUACCUGGCGUACGUGAACGCCAAGAACCGCGCUGAGGCGGCAUUGGAGGAGGAGAGCAGGCAGAGGCAAAGUCGAAUUGAUAAGGGAGAGCCGUACAUGAGUAUUCAACCUGCCGAGGACCCCGAUGAUUAUGACGACGGCUUUUCAGUCAAACACACUGCAGCUGCUCGUUUCCAGAGGAACCACAGGCUCAUCAGUGAUAUCCUCAGUGAGAUCGUGUUGCCUGAUGUACGCUCGGUGGUCACCACAGCACGCAUGCAAGUCCUGAAGCGGCAGGUUCAGUCUCUCAUGGUGCACCAGAGAAAACUGGAGGCUGAACUUUUGCAAAUUGAGGAUCGUCAUCAAGACAAGAAAAGACGCUUCCUGGAGACCACGGACUCAUUCAACACUGAACUUAAGCGGCUGUGCAGUCAGAAGGUUGAGGUGGACAUGGACAAGCUGGCAGCUGAGAUGGCAGCAGCGGAUGAGGCUGCCAGACGGCGGGCGGAGGAGAAGGAACGUGAGGCGGCUCAGGAGGCACAGAAGGCCGUGAAGCAAGCUCAACAUCCUCAAGAGACGGCUGCAAACCAAAACCUUCACAGCAACACUGCUAACCCUGCCUCAGAGGCCCAAGACAAGUUAACGCCCAUGGAGACAGAUGGAGCAGCACCUGGUGAAGCUUCUUCAGAUUCCCACUGUCCAGCAGCUCCAGCGUGUGAGGCAUCUUUGUCUGCCUCUGUGAAGGCAGAUCCUCUUUUGGAAGCAGCGAGCAACAAGAGCCUGAAUCCCAACUGCAGCAGCAACAGCGCUGAUAGUAUGGAUAGUAUAGCAACCUUCCCAGAGGCUCCAGUUGACCAGGACAGUGCUUCUAGCACACCUCCACCAGCUCUGCAGCUCACUUAAUGUCUCCUCUGGACACAGCUGGAGUACUCAUGGACUUUUCUGUUGCAUUCUACUGCUGACUAAACUCUACUUUUUCAUCACAAGUAUUGAAUUGUCUGCUAAUACGGUCCUCAUGAACCUCAGUGGCUGUGGAAGCAGAUCUCCAUCUACUCUUCCAUUCCAUUGAUUCCAUACCAAAUCAGGCCUUGUCUAAUCUAAUCUGAUCUCACCAUAAAACAAUACUUGAUAGUUUUUCCCACAGUUAGUUAAACUGCUGGACUUUUUAGUUAGAAUAUAAGAAUUAGCCUAGCACCACAUGACCAACUUAUUUGUUUUCUUAUUCACUUAUUCACUUGUAAUCAAUGUCAUUGCUGUGGAAUCUUCUUUUACACUUAGUAUGACUUCAAUAAAUUGGAUUUCAUCACAAACCUCUUA